UUUACUGUGAUUGCCCGGGACACGGGUACUCCAGCCCUCGAGACAGAGCUUCAAAUCCUGAUUCGACUCCGCUUACCCAUCCCACCUGCUGAGUCGCCUGUUCCUCUUGAAAGCAGCUGUUCUGGCACCACAUGGUCUCUCAGUAGUCUGGAUCUUCAGAGACCUCAUCAAAAUCUAUUUCACUCAACAUUAGGCUCUAUUAAGCAGAAGGACUAUAGCAAUAAAAGAGAAAGACACAGUGACAUUAGUCUGGAGACGCCAGCAUGGUCGAUGCUUCAACCGAUAGAAACAAGUGAAUCAGAUUUCAUGCAGGAGUCAGCAGACGUGCCUCAAGCUGCAGAGCAAGAGACAAGAGCUAGUCAGCAGAGGAGGUGGCCUGACUGCCAGUUAUGGGAGAGAAAGUUUCCAAGACUGGUUUUCUUUGCACCCGAUGAUGCACCACCAGGAUGGGUCGUGGGACGAGUGAUACCUGCUCCCGAUAGUACUACUGCAAUGCCGUAA